AGGUUGCCAGGAUGCUCUCUGGAAAAACCGUCAAGGUGGUCCUCUAUGAGGUUAUCCAGUUCGCGUGUCUCAGCGUGCCCAUCUUUGUGAUCAUGGAGCGUUUUGCAUCUCUGAUGCACCAUGUGCGGGGGAAUGACCUGACUGCAUAUUGGCUGGUGGUGGCUGCUUCCAUCGCCUAUGUGACAACUGUGUCCCUACUGGUGUGGGUGCCUCUAAAAUACUUCAUUCUGACAUCUAGAAGAUUCAUCUCAGAGAUAACAGCUUGGAGACCAAUAGCACUGGCUUAUGUGAUCGUGUGCCCACUGCCAUGCUUUGGUAUUCUUCUAGCAAGCUCAAAGGUGCAAACUGAUGGUGGCUACCGUUAUGACAAGUUUACAGAGCUCGCCGUGUCUUUGGUCAUCACAUCACUCGUCAUUAUGGACAUCAUAGAAAGAAUUCGACCUUACCAGCUUACAGGCCAAGCUGAGGGUAUGGAUGGCGACUUCGACCUGCCCUCGCCAGUCCUCACCCACAUGGACCAGGUGGUCACAGUGUCGUCCCAGCUCAGCUCAGCUGACCGAGGCCAGAAUGGACAGGUGGAGACGGGGACAGGUGUGUCCGGGAGCCGCUGGAGGGACACGGAUAGAUACGGCACGCGGUCCUCCAGUGCCCCCUACCUGUACUCGUCCUCUCGCUACCCCUCGGGCCGGUUCGGCUUCCUGUGGGUCAGGGAGCCUCGGGUGGAGGUGUUUGUGAACUGCUUCCUGUUCUGGAUGGACACCACGGAGAUGGUGCGGGUGGCUGAGGAGCCCUCGAUCUACUACUCCAACUGGAUCUUUCCCAUCCACAUCAUGGCCUAUCUGUCCACUCUGAGGAUGAUCGUUACGCCCUCAAGCCCACUGCUGGGAUGUUUAGGGGUGCUGUCGCAAGACUUGCCCUUUCUGGUCAUCAGGAUAUGCCUGGUUGCCGUGUUUGGUUAUGUGACGCCCCUGCUGUAUAUCAUGAAGAACCUCUUGGUGUGCCUGACGUACAUCUAUUUCCUCUUUCUGACCAAGCUCAAGGUCUUCAAUAGGACAAGCAUGUUUUGAGGACAUGAACACAUGAGACUUGACUUGACUGAGAUUGCUGGGUGUAGCUGGAUGCAAAGGUGGGGAGUGAAUUUAAAGUCAAGGUAAAGCUUUCCCAUCCAAGAAUAUAUUAGUAAAGAGGAUACAUUAUUUAUCAGUGAAGGCAUGUAAAUCUCUAGAUAAGAGUUUAGAGUGAGGUUGCUCUUAGUGAAAUAUUUAAGAAAUACUACUUAGCUGUCUCCUCACUCUGACAGCCAUUACUAAAAUAAAUGAUCCCAUCGCAUGUGGAAACAUUAAGCCAUUGUCAGGACUGC